UAAGCUAGCGCGCUCUGGCGCGAAUUCAGUAUAUUACUAAACACGAAAGCGAAAGUACGGAGAAGUUGAGUGGUGAAUACCUCUCGAGUUAUUACGUGAUACAUUAUUGUUAUUGUGAAAGGAAGUUAUUAAAGACAAUCUACGAAAAAUGCCAGCAGUAGGAAUUGAUCUUGGAACGACUUACUCCUGUGUGGGAGUUUACCAGCACGGGAAUGUGGAGAUCAUCGCGAACGACCAGGGCAACCGGACCACACCAUCGUACGUCGCGUUCACGGACACCGAGCGACUGAUCGGCGACGCCGCGAAGAACCAAGUCGCGCUCAACCCCAACAACACGGUGUUCGACGCCAAGCGACUCAUCGGACGCAAGUUCGACGACCCGAAGAUACAGGCGGACAUGAAGCACUGGCCGUUUAAAGUGAUCAGCGACUGUGGCAAGCCAAAGAUCCAGGUCGAGUUCAAAGGCGAGACGAAGAGGUUCGCGCCGGAGGAGAUCAGCAGCAUGGUGUUGACGAAGAUGAAGGAGACGGCCGAGGCGUACUUGGGCACGACAGUGCGGGACGCCGUCAUCACGGUCCCGGCUUACUUCAACGACUCGCAGCGCCAAGCCACCAAGGACGCGGGCGCCAUCGCCGGCCUCAACGUGCUGCGGAUCAUCAACGAGCCCACCGCCGCCGCGCUCGCGUACGGCUUGGACAAGAACUUGAAGGGCGAGCGCAACGUGUUGAUCUUCGAUCUCGGCGGCGGCACUUUCGACGUGUCCAUCCUCACCAUCGACGAGGGCUCGCUGUUCGAGGUGAAGGCGACGGCCGGCGACACGCAUCUCGGAGGCGAGGACUUCGACAAUAGGCUAGUGAAACAUCUCGCGGACGAGUUCAAGCGCAAGUACAAGAAGGAUCUGCGCGGCAACACCCGCGCGCUGCGCCGCCUGCGGACGGCCGCCGAGCGCGCCAAGCGCACCCUCUCGUCCAGCACCGAGGCGUCGAUAGAGAUCGACGCGCUGUACGAGGGCAUCGACUACUACACGCGCAUCUCCCGCGCGCGCUUCGAAGAGCUCAACUCCGAUCUGUUCCGCGGCACGCUGGAGCCGGUCGAGAAGGCGCUGCGCGACGCUAAACUGGACAAGAGCCAGAUCCACGACGUCGUGCUCGUCGGGGGCUCGACUCGCAUACCGAAGAUCCAGAGCCUUCUGCAGAACUUCUUCGGCGGCAAGCAGCUGAAUCUCUCCAUCAACCCCGACGAGGCGGUGGCGUACGGAGCGGCGGUGCAGGCGGCCAUCCUCAGCGGAUCCAACGACUCCAGGAUCCAGGACGUGUUGCUGGUCGACGUGUCGCCUUUGUCUCUGGGCAUCGAGACGGCCGGCGGCGUCAUGACCAAAAUCAUCGAACGCAACUCUAAGAUCCCGACCAAGCAGUCUCAGACCUUCACGACGUACUCGGACAACCAGCCGGCGGUCACCAUCCAGGUGUACGAGGGCGAGCGCGCCAUGACGAAGGACAACAACUUGCUGGGCACGUUCGACCUGACCGGCAUCCCGCCCGCGCCCAGAGGGGUGCCCAAGAUCGACGUCACCUUCGACAUCGACGCUAACGGCAUCCUGAACGUGUCUGCCAAGGAGAACAGCACCGGACGGAGCAAGAACAUCGUCAUCAAGAACGACAGAGGCAGACUGUCGCAGGCGGACAUCGACAGAAUGCUCGCCGAGGCCGAGCGCUACAAGGACGAAGACGAGAAGCAGAGGAAGAGGGUAUCGGCGAGAAACCAACUUGAGGCCUAUGUAUUCAGCGUGAAGCAAGCCUUGGACGACGCGGGAGACAAGCUGAGCGAGCAGGACAAGAACACGGCUCGCAGCGAGUGCGAGGAGGCGCUGAGAUGGCUGGACAACAACUCUCUGGCCGAGGUGGAGGAGUACGAGCAUAAGCUGAAGGAGGUGCAGAGAGCGUGCUCGCCGGUGAUGACCAAGAUGCACGGCGGCGGCGCGGGCGGCAACCAAGGAGGCAUGCCCGGGGGUAUGUCUGGAGGCAUGGGAGGAAUGCCCGGAGGCAUGGGAGGAAUGCCCGGAGGCAUGGGAGGAAUGGGUGGAAUGCCCGGAGGCAUGGGUGGCAUGCCUGGAUACCAAAGCAGAAAUGAUGGCCCCACCAUUGAAGAAGUGGACUAAACCUCUUUAGAUGUAAUAGGAUUUUCAAAUUGAUUUUGUAAAUAUUGUACAAAGACUGAUUUAUUUUAAGUAAUUUAUGUUUAAUAAAUAAGUAUGAGUUCCUCUUUAAAA